AUGGCGUACUUCUUCGAACAGGAACAGGAACAGGAACAGGAACAGGAACAGGAACAGGCACAGGAACAGGAACAGGAACAGGAACACGAACACGAACAGGAACAGGAACUGGAACUGGAACUGGAACUGGAACAGGAACAGGAACAGGAACAGGAACUGGAACAGGAACAGGAACAGGAACAGGAACAGGAACUGGAACAGGAACAGGAACUGGAACAGGAACAGGAACUGGAACUGGAACUGGAACUGGAACUGGAACAGGAACUGGAACAGGAACAGGAACAGGAACAGGAACUGGAACAGGAACAGGAACAGGAACAGGAACAGGAACAGGAACAGGAACAGGAACAGGCACUGGAACAGGAACAGGAACAGGAACACGAACACGAACAGGAACAGGAACUGGAACUGGAACUGGAACAGGAACAGGAACACGAACAGGAACAGGAACAGAAACAGGAACAGGAACAGGAACAGGAACUGGAACUGGAACAGGAACUGGAACAGGAACAGGAACAGAAACAGGAACAGGAACAGGAACAGGAACAGGAACAAGAACAACAGGAACAGAAACAGGAACAGGAACAGGAACUGGAACUGGAACAGGAACAGGAUUUGGAACUGGAACAGGAACAGGAUUUGGAACAGGAACUGGAACUGGAACUGGAACACGAACAGGAACAGGAACUGGAACUGAAACUAGAACAGGAACUGGAACAGGAACAGGAACAGGAACAGAAACAGGAACAAAAACAACAACAACAACAACAAAGACAUUCCAGAAUUUUGCGUUUGCAAUAA